AUGACCCCAUCAAUCUAUUCAAACUAUCCACCUGAGCUGUCAUCAGCGCAACAAAAGUUCCUCGUUACAGCUGUAAAGGACUGGGCUAUUCAAAAUGGUCUUGCUGUUCGCCCUUCGCCGGCGAUUGUUGCAAACGAAUCUAAUCCAAAUGGAGUGUUGGCAACGAACGCACCUGUCACUCUGUUCCCCAGCCCGUUCCCAAGAACAUGCUUUACUGAAGCCAAUGCUCUCCAAGAAGUCUACAACAAACUCUAUGCCUCAAUUACGUGCAAUGAAGAAUGGCUGGGUGAAAUCGUGAAAGGACUUAUUGAAGUUGAUGACUUUGUGUCUAACUUGUGGAAGGUCCACUUAGCUGUGCAGAAGGAGGGCUACGUCCAAAACUUAGCACUGGGACUCUUCCGGUCUGAUUACAUGGCCCAUGUCUCCUCUUCGGGUGAGCCGGCUCUGAAGCAGGUUGAAUUCAACACAAUUUCCUCGUCAUUUGGAGGUCUCUCAGCUCGAGUGCGACAAAUGCACACCGAACUCCUGACAUCGCCGCCAGGCCCAUCAGUCAACUAUCCAUUCCAUCCUCUGCUCAACUCUGAGGUUCCUCCCGAGAACACAGCGGUGGAAACUCUCUCAUCCGGUCUUGCAGCAGCCCAUGAAGCUUACGGGGUCUCCAAAUCCACACCCACUCUCCCUCUUUGUGUGGUAUUCGUUGUUCAGGCUACGGAGCGAAACGUCUUUGAUCAGCACGCGCUUUCGGAGCACUUGAAGAAGGUCCACAAGAUCCCAGUCUUCCGCGUGGCAAGCGUCGAUAUCUUGGAGCAAACUUUCAUCCCUGGCGACAACUCCGCUCGCCCCUUGCUCUACCGUCCUCCUCAGUCGCCCGACUCCGUCUUCGAAGUUACCACCGUUUACCUCAGGGCCUACUACUCCCCCGACGAGUACACAUCCAGCCGUGACUGGGAUGCUCGGACCCACCUAGAGCGCUCUGCGGCGAUCAAGUGUCCCACCGUACUCAACCAGCUGUCCGGCUGCAAGAAGGUUCAACAAAUUUUGGCGGAGCCGACUGGACUGGAUCAUCUCUCUUCAUUCCUGAAGGAUGUCGAUUCCAGUCUCGUCGAAAGAGUUCGAGGUACCUUCGCUCCGCAAUAUGAUCUUUCGCCAGGCAGCAAGGGCCGCGAGCUUGCACUGAACCCGGUGACUGCUAUGAACCACGUUCUCAAGCCCCAACGCGAGGGUGGUGGAAACAAUAUCUACAAGGCCGACAUUCCCGAAUUCCUACAGUCCCUGCCCGAGUCAGAUUGGAAGGGUUGGGUGCUCAUGGAGCUGAUCAAUCCCGCGCCCAAUGCUCAAAAUGUUGCCUUGCGCAACGAUGGUGAAGUACUUCGUGGUGAUGUCAUCUCAGAGCUUGGUAUCUAUGGUACUAUUCUGUGGGAAGACACGGGGAAGAUCCUGCAUAACAACCAAGGUGGAUAUCUCUUGAGAACCAAGGGUAAGGAAGUCAACGAAGGCGGCGUUGCUGCAGGAUUCUCCAGUUUGGACAGCGUUCUUCUUUUCUAA